AUGAUUUGUUCCCUUUUUACGAGUAAAAUUAGCAAUCAUGUAUUGCCGAGCAAGGUGAGUAACUUUUUUUUAUUAACUGUUCAGGUGAGAAAUCAUAAAAUAAUUAAGCCGCGAAAUAUUAUUAAACUAUGGAAGAUAAAAACAGGGGAUGAAGUAAAAGUAAUAUCUGGAAAAGAUAAAGGAAAAAUUGGAGAAGUGUUAUGCUGUGAUAGAUUUAGAAAUAUGGUGAAAGUAAAAGGAUGUAAUUUAAGAAAACUUUUUAUUGACAAUAAAUUUGUUUAUAUUGAAAAAAAAAUUCAUUACUCUAAUGUUCAGUUAAUUGAUAGCUUUUUAAAAACAAAUACAAAAGUAUGUAUUAGAUAUACAGAUGAUAAUCAAAUAAUUCGCAUAUCAAAAAAGUCAGGAGUUGUUAUACCAUGGCCUGAUGAUAAAAAAAAAGAAGACGAGUAUGAGCAAGUGGAAGAAAAUCCAUUGGAUACUGCACCGCAGGAAGCUUUGAAAAAAACGUAUGACUAUAAAACUGAUGUAAAAUUUAUGAAUAUAUUACGACAGACCGUUAAUAAGUACAACCGUGAGUUGUCUUAG